GGGGGCCGUAAAUAUCGGACGGACGCGUUUCCUGUUUUGAGUCGGUCGCCGCCGCCGCUCGUGAAGAUGGAGAUGAUGUGAGUCCGCGGUGAUUCGGUUCCGCUGGAGACAUGUCUGCGAGCUCGGGAUGCUGCACGGUGCUGAUGUCGGUGCGGGUGUCGGUGCGGCCGCUGUCCGUGCGCUCGGAUUCACUGAGACUGCAGCUCAGCAUGAACACCAACCGAGCAGGACUCUUCACGCUCACCCUCAGACACACCGACCGCGGGGGACGCAGCGUGUCUCUGGCAGAGUUUGAUCUGCGCUCGGUGAAGUACGAGAUCACGUCGGCUCGCUGUCAUGAGAUGCGUCUCGUCAAGCCGCCCCACGACUGCCUCACCUUCACCUUCCGCAGCGAGCAGGAGGCGCAGGAGUGGGCCACCGUCAUGAUGUCAUCGCUGCGAGAGUCUCACAGAGUUGCCAACAUUUGUCACGCAUCAAACGAUGGAGUGCAGAAUGUGAAAUGUGAAGAGAAGAGCUCCGUUCUGUCGCUCUCAAUGAAAGAGGAGCUGUGUCUAGAGCUUUCUCGAGCGAUCGAGUCUGGAGAUACUCAUGCUGCUGUGCACUACGCCACAGACCUGGCCAAGCAGCAGAUGGCCCUGAGCAUUCAACCAGCGGCGCAGGACACCGACGACACGGAGAUCAGCUUAGCUGUGGUAAUAGAAGAUGCAUCGUCUUCCUGUUGUGUAACAGUAAAGGUCCAUCCUCACGUGACUGUGGCUUCUCUGAAGCAGCAGAUGUUUGCGGAGUACGGUUUCCAUCCCAGGGUGCAGCGCUGGGUCAUCGCUCAGUGCCUGUGCUCUGACAGCCGCUCUCUAACGUCGUAUGGCAUCUACAGGGACGGCGACACUGCGUUCCUCUACCUGCUGUCUGCUCGUCACGCCUGCCUGGGUCGGCAGCAGGAGCAGGAGAACGGCCUGUCGAUGCUGAGCGCAGCAGCGCCUCCGAACGCCAGCGGCCCCGUCAGCCACGACUGGAGAGGAUACAGCACCUUACCUCCCCGCUUCAGCCACAGCAGCACAGGCAGCAGUGGGUGUGGCCCAGAGAAACCCAGCGUCAGUGACAUCAUUAACCUCGAGGUGCUGCAUCUUGGAGGAUCCAAACUGAAAUCAAGUAACACGCAGUCAGGCUGGUCCUGUCCUUCCUGUACGUUCAUAAAUAAGUCCACGAGACCCGGCUGUGAAAUCUGCAGCACAGAUCGACCCGGUCCUCCCAGUCAGGAAAAAGCAAGAAGAUCUAACCAGUGAAACUGUGCCGUAAAUACAAAGAGAAAAACCCUAAGAUUAUCUCAUUCUAUUAUUAUUACAUUGACUUCAAACUCCCACAGCAACCAUGAAGUAUAUUUCACCGGUGCACUCUCAGAAACAAAGGUACAAAAGAUUAUUUCUUUUUUUUCAUUUUGGUGGAUUAAGGUACAGAUCAGUCCUUUAAAGUGUACAUAUUUAAACCUAGUAGGUGCACAAGUGCACCUUUUGAAAAAGGAAAGUGUGGGCUCGUCUCUAUUGGUUUUGCUUCAGGAACUGAUUUGUGGCUUGCUUCGUCUUGAAGGAGUUGUGACGUGGGUUUGCUUUUUGAGCUUAUUUAAUAAAGGAGGUAUGAAACUUGCAGGAUCGAGGAAAAGGCUGGUCAAGUCCUUCGAUGCAGUGAUGUAGCUGUUGAACAGUGUUAGACAUCAGAAGUAAUCCUAGUCCAUUUCAUGAGCCCGCAAAAACAAAGCAGAAACCCAAUCAUCUGUGGCUCCAGAUGCUACGAGCUCAGUCCGUUUAGGACAAAUUGCGCACAAGUUUUUGUUUCAAAUAGAAAUCUUUUAGCUUCAGUCGGUGAUUCGAUGUUUCAAGCUUUAUUUCAGUGUCCUACAGGAAAGCAGAUAAUGCUUUUUUUACAAUUUCAGUGCGUCUUACCUAUUUGCAGACUGCGACUUUUACCUGGUUUGCUGUGUACUGUAGUUUCCGCAGGUGUUUAGGAGUCUUCUUCACUCACUACACGGUGUGUAUAUCAGGUCAUGCUUUCCCUGGAAGUGGACAGACAUGUUUUUAACGUUCGGGAUUCCAGUUUUACGAUAAAUGUGACGAGGCCAGUACAUAGUGAGACAAACAACGGAAUGAAACCUGCAUUAAUGCAUGUUGUGUUAUUAUAUGGUCCUAAUAGUUCCUUCUCUAAUUGACUGGGAAUUCUCAUCGAAGACUUUGUUCAUGUUUGGAACAAACUAACUACAUUCAGACACAGGGUUAUUGAGUGAAUUGAUUUUAUUUUUUUACAUAGCGUAUUAUUUAAUGAAAAAAUAAUUGAAUGGAAUUAUAAUUGCAUUGAAUAUGUGUGUGCUGUAAAUAAUUGUGUGUAAAGUCUACCUGCAUUUCACCAUGGCUUUGCUGUGAAUAAACAAAAUAAUGAACAGAAGUUUAA